AUGUUUCAGCAGGACUAUGAAACGAUUAACUUCACUGCUCAUGAAGUCCUGGAAGGAGGAGUCCUGCAGAAGCUGUUUGAGUUCCCUGGAAAUGAAAAAGGGGGAAAAAAUGUGCUCAAUAAAUUUAAACAAUUCCUGGGAGAAAUAUUCUGUGACGGAGUCUGGGAGGAAUUUGAAGAAAAAUAUCAGAGUGAGGUUCAAAUGAUGCUAAAUGAUUUUACCUGUUUAAAACAGGUAGAUGAUGAGAAUCCGAUCACAUGUCCAACUAGCCUAGUAGACCUGGCCGAGAAAAAGAAAGACAUUGAAAUGUUCUUUGAAUCAGUAGAAGGAGCUUCCUGGGAUGAAGGAACCAUCAGAAUCACCAGAGAGAAACUGAUGUCUUUCUUUGCUGAGACUCUGCAGGGCAUCACUGAGAGCCUCAGAGAAAUAUUUACCAGACAUCAUAGCAUUGGGUCUAUUGUGUUAGUGGGGGGGUUGGCUGAGAGCCAGAUAAUACAUCAGCACAUCAUUGAUCAGUUUGGACAUCAGUAUAAAGUCAUGGUUCCUCUCAGACCCCAGGAAGCUGUCCUGAAAGGAGCUGUAGAGCUGGGGAGAAACCCCCAGUGGGUGGAGUCUAAGAAAAAAGGCCCAGCUUGGUUAAAAUGUUUAUCUGAGAAAUUUUAAAGAAUGAAAAAUCAGGGAACAUCUUUUACAUUCUGGGUAAAAUCCACAAUAUUCCCAUAGUGGGGCAAUAAAGGCAUUUUUCUAUUUUUAUUCUAAAG